AGAGCCAUAAAUCCCAUCUCUACGAAAUACAGCGAAAGCAGGCUAAACACAAUCGGUCGCGUGCACGCGACGUUCACGGCGACAAUGGCUCGGCUACGUGCGCGCUCCCGUGGUGAAGGAAUCAACAUGGCGCUCGCCGCCGGAUCAGGAGUUAAAGUCCCCCGCAAUUUCCGGCUACUUGAAGAGCUGGAGGAAGGGCAGAAAGGUGUGGGGGAUGGAACGGUGAGCUGGGGUCUGGAGGAUGACGAGGACAUGACUUUAACACGGUGGAGAGGAGUCAUCCUCGGUCCCCCUCGAACAAGCUACGAAAACAGGAUGUACAAUCUAAAGGUUGAAUGCGGGCCAGGAUACCCAGAGUCACCGCCGUUUGUCAGAUUUGUAACCAAGAUAAACUUGAACGGCGUGCAUACCUCCAAUGGUGUGGUCCGAAUGUAGUGGAUGGGAGGUGUUGUCCAUAAUGGCUAGGAGUUUUGCUAGACUUCUCCUCUCUGACACCACCGCCAGAGAGUCAAGUUCCACUCCCACCACGUCACUGGCUUUCUUUACCAGCUUGUCCAGUCUGUUUGGGUCUCUCACUCUCAGUCCGCUGCCCCAGCAGGCCACGGCGGACAAGAAGGCGCCCGCCACCACCUACUUGUAGAACAUCUUCAACAUCUUUGUAUAGACGUUGAAGGAUCCUUGCCUCCUGAGGAAGUAGAGGAUGCUCUGUCCCUUGUUGUAGAGUGCCUCAGCGUCUUUUGAUCCAUUCAGCUUGUUGUCGAUGUGUACACCCAGGUACUUAUAAUCCUCAACCAUGUCCACAUCCACCCCCUUGAUGGAAACGGGGGUUGCCGGAGUACUCCUCCUCCUUCCCAAGUCCACAACCAGCUCCUUGGUCUUCGUCACAUUGAGAUGGAAGUGGUUCUUUCCACACCAUGUGACAAAGUCCUCCACCAGUGCCCUGUAUUCCUCAUCAUCCCCAUCUUCAAUACACUCCACCUAUACUUUAAACUUUCAUGCAGAGAGGGAAAUCACAACUAAGUAAAUUUACCAAAACUAAAUUUAUUAAACAGUUAUUAAGCAAUGGCACAAACAUUCAUGUUAUUUCAAAACGGAAAGUGCAAGAUUUUCAGAGACAUUUUAAAACAAGCUACUAGUGCACUUUUGUGCAUGAUGUCACACAAGAUAUUUCAAUAA